CCGACGCUGCACUACAGUUUAGAAACUUACCACCUUUAUUCAUUUGUCCCACCAUACAUUUGGCUAUUGUGUAUUGUGAAAACCUUACUUUGUUUUCUUUGGACGCAGUUAUGUCUCAGAGGGUAUUUUGUUAUCCUUACAUGUAAGACCUGUCAAUCUUUCACAGCGAAAAAAGGUCAAAUAUCUGGUUUCCUGUUGCGAAAGGGAAACACCAUCCGAACGCCCCCAGUUACAUAUCGAGUUAAAACUGGUCGCAGUUAUGGCCGACAAACGUUUUCUUCUUGUGAUUGUUUACAUAACGCUCUGUUGUCUGGCAGAAAACAACGGAAGGAAUCCCCCCAAAAUAGUUACCAAACAUGGCAGCCUGGUUUUAAAAGCUGGUGAAGAAGGUGAUAUUAUUUUUGAACCAGGCCAAGGAAAAAAAGUCUUCAUUGGUGGAAAUGCUCUAAAUAUGUCUGCAGUCUCUGGUGCUAAAGGAGAGAAAGGGGAUCAAGGAAGUCAAGGACCUGCAGGAGCCAAGGGUGAAAAAGGAGAGAUGGGGCCGCCAGGACGUGUAACAUCCAUGAAUGGAAGAGUAAACAUGACUGGGCUUCCUGGGGAAAAAGGAGAACAGGGAGACCAAGGACAGCCUGGAAAUCCAGGUCUAAAUGGGACUAAAGGGCAGAAAGGUGAACCAGGCAUUCAAGGACUAGCAGGGAAGAAUGGAUCUGAUGGCAUUCAGGGUCCCUCUGGUGCAAAAGGGACUAAAGGAGAACCUGGACAGCAAGGCCCACCAGGGCCAUUAUUUAAUACCUUAACUCAAACCACUUUGAGAUGUGAAAAUGCCAGCGAUCAUGGCUCAGUUAGGUUUAUGUCAGGAUUUCUUCAGGUUUGCACCAAACUGGGCUGGCAGAAGCUUGCAUAUCAGGGAGGUCUGUGUGAAGAGCUGAAUGUACCACAGAUAAACCAUGAAGCUUUUCAAAGAUCAACAUUUGGAGUGCUGUUACAGUUUAAUGGAAAUCUGGAUGUUAACCUCAGUCCUAACACAACUCUAAAUAACAUCACAACAGAGUACCAGGGCAAUGCUGGAGGACAAAACAUCACUCAAUAUAUCCAAAGUGUAAUGGGUCAAGCAGUGAAGCUUAAAGGACUGGAAUAUAUCAAUUUGCAUGGUAUCCCAGCAAAUUUCUGGAGUGGUGAUGAAUGGUCUGUUAUGACCUUACUUAAGUUUCAUGAUGAUGGCCUACUAGGAAAUAACAAAGACAUUCUUGUACUUGGAGAUGGAAUAGCAGCAAAUAAUGAGGGCUUUCACCUUGGAUUACGACAACAGAAAGUCAUGUAUGGAUUCUAUUCAAGUGACACUUUGGGGUCUCAAACUCUUUAUUAUGGAAAAUGGUACCACAUCACAUGGACAUGGACAAAAGCUAAUGGAAUACGAAAAAUAUUUGUCAAUGGUAAAAUUGACAAAUCUGCAGACAAAACAAGUUCCUAUCGAGGAAUAAGUGGAAAAACUCAAAUCGGAACUUGGUGGAGUGGAAACAAUGGAUUGAAAACCAAUGUAGAGAUUGAUAAUCUCUAUAUAAUUGAUGAAGCAAUUGAAUACCCUCGCUUAAACCAACAGCUGUGUUAUGCCAAGGCAUUCAACUUGAACAUGCCAUAGGAGAAUAGAGAUGCAAAACAUUUAGUGGGUUCAGCUAUCACUUUUCCACCAUAUAGGCCAGAUGAAUUCUUUCUCCUUUCCUGUCAUCAGAUGAUAAGCUUUUUAAAAGAAAGUUCUAUCAGCUCAUCAUCAUCAGUUUUUAUACACUCAACCGGCUUUAAUUUGCCAUUAUCCACAUCACCUGGUGCAUUUAUGCAAAUUGUUUGACAUUCAUGACUUCCCUUCUUUAAUAAAUAUUACCAGCUAUCA